AUGUUUAAGAGAUGUGCUGUGUUCCCCUGGGGAGGUCCAGGCGAGCGCAGGCCCCCUGACUGGGCAACGGAACUCCUUUGGCACAAUACCUUUCCUUGGUCGACAAAGCUCCUUUACCGCUUAAAGGUCCUCCAUCGUCCUCUGAUUGGUACCAUCCGCAUCUACCUCAGCAUAGGCCCUACUUUGCUCGCGGAUUCUGGCAACAUCUACAACGACGUGCUGCGAGGGGGACGGUUUGGUCCGUUCUGCCAGGCGAUGCCGGCAAUCACCUGGGCAAACAUUAAGUACAGAUGCAACGACAAGGUUCCUCAGGAGCUGUACGAUGGGUUGUCGGGAUCACAACAAGCUCUGGUGGAAAUUGAACAGUGGACUAUGUAUCCGCCGUGCUGGGAUUGCCACAGCCACGCAGAUUGUACAAUCACUGACACAAGCCAUACAUGCACGUGUCAACCAGGCUAUGAUGGGGAUGGCACCAAUUGUAUUAACCCAUGUCAAGGCACAGCAUGUCCUGAGGGAAAGUUCUGUAACCACAUGCUCACGGCGCCUUUCUACACCUGCGAAGCACACCCGGCUUGGUCGCUGCUACAGCCUAUGUGCCCAAAAGGAAAGGCAGGUGACGGCAUCACGUGCGGCCCCGACAGGGAUAUGGAUGGAAGGCCCGACGCGGACCUGGGGUGCGUCGACGUGCGCUGCCGUCCAGACAAUUGCAUCGACAUCUACAAUCCAGAACAACUCGACGCCGAUGGGGAUGAUGUUGGUGAUGCCUGCGAUUUCGAUAUCGAUGGCGAUGGGAGGAGCAUAGAAUUUGUAAGGAACAUCUGA